AUGCAACGGUGGGGGCUAUGGGCCGCAGCCUCCCUGGCCCUCCUCUCUGUACAGGCCUUUCCGCAAACGGACAUCAAUAUCAGCCCAGCCAUGCCAGAGCUGUCUCAGGCUUCCCUGUGUCCCCUGUUCUGGAUGGAGUUCAAAGGCCACUGCUACAGAUUCUUCCCUCUCAAUAAGACCUGGGCCGAGGCCGACCUCUACUGUUCUGAGUUCUCCAUCGGCAGGAAGUCCGCCAAACUGGCCUCUAUUCACAGCUGGGAGGAGAAUGUCUUUGUGUACGACCUGGUGAACAGCUGUGUUCCUGGCAUCCCAGCUGACAUCUGGAUAGGCCUUCAUGACCACAGACAGGAAGGGCAGUUUGAGUGGACCGAUGGCUCAUCCUAUGACUACAGCUACUGGGAUGGGAGCCAGCCAGAUGAUGGCAUCCACAUGGACCCAGAAGAGGAGGACUGCGUGCAGAUAUGGUACCGGCCCACCAGCGCUCUGAGGUCAUGGAAUGACAACACCUGCAGCCGGAAGUUCCCCUUUGUCUGCAAGAUCCCAUCUCUGACCAUUCAUUGAUCCAGUGUUGCCCUCCUGAAGUGAGCUCAACUCCAGCAUCAUCUCAUAGCAGUACCUAGUGUAGAGUUGACACUGAAUAAACGUAAAACACACAUAGGAGGUAAAUCUCUCAGAGAGAUUUUAAACAAGCAAAUCUUAAUUACACAGGGUGGCCACUUGGCCAAGUGACAGGAAAUCCAACUCAAACUGGCUUAAUAAAUAAAAAGAGGUGGUGGAUUUAUUGGUGCAAGUAACAAAAAUCUGGGCUUGUUCUGGAUUCAGAGUCUAAUCGUGAGAGCUUGAUGUGGGUCACGUGCCCACACCUGACACAGUCACUCUGGCAUAUGCUGACUGGCUAGGCCCUGCAAAGAUGCACAUCACUGGGGCAGAAUGUGUGGGAGUCAAUAUCAGCUGAGGGGCUUGGAGUGAGAAAAAGGUGGGGAUAUUGAUCAAAGGUACAAACUUUCAGUAACAAGAUGAAUAAGUUCUGAAGACCUAAGGCACAGCAUGGUGACCGCAAUUAAUAAUAAUGUACUGUGUACAUGAAAUUUGCUA